AUGGCAUUCUGCCCCCCAUGCAGUCGACCAUUUGUCUCUGAGGAAUCCCUGCAACAACACAUCGCAUAUUCCCCAGUCCACAAUACACCUCCUACUGUUGACACACCGACAUUCAUCUGUGAGAUUUGCACCGAGGCUUUCGAUAAUCAAAUGAUGCUUAUUGAGCAUCUCAAAAACUCGCCUCUCAAUGCCACAUCACCAACACACUUGCUUUACAGCCGCACCUACAUUUUCAGAGAGACAUUGGAACAACGACUGCAGGACACAGAGGCCAGCGCUUCGACACUCAAUUGCGAUCCUUGUGCUCGCACAUUCAAAGAUCAGAGCGCCCUCGACCAGCAUCUACAGAAUGCCCCAGCGCAUUCUUUCAAGUGCGAACCUUGCGCUCGCUCCUUCAAGAAGCAGAGCGCUCUCGACCAGCAUCUACAGGAUGCCCCGGCGCAUUCUGCUUCUUUCAAGUGCGAACCUUGUGCUCGCUCCUUCAAAGACCAGAACGCCCUCGACCAGCAUCUACAGUACUCCCCGGCACAUUCUACUACUACUUUCAACUGCGAGCUUUGCAGUCGUUCCUUCAAGAGUCAAAGCGCCCUAGAUGAGCACAUGCAAGAUUCGAAAUCUCACGUUGAAACACCUGCCACACCACUAGAUCUUUUUUUCAACGGAUUUCCCUCGUUCAGAUACGAUCGCACGCUUUCGCCCGCUACCUCCUUCCAAAAGCUCAUAGACUUCCAUGGUUGGGACCGGGACGACUCCAAGUAUCACCAAGCACGCAGAGCAUACAAUAAGGCGUUGACAGAGGAACUUCGACUUUGGUUUGGAUCGGAGAAAAACCUCGACUCGUGGCACUCUCUUUGUCGAGCUGUUGGUAUCAAUCCACUGCCUAAGGAUUGCAAAGCUGCUAAAAAGGUAUGUGCAUGCAUGGUGCUCAGUAAUUGUGAUGUCGAUUGA